UACAUUAUUCAAAGUCAAGUUUACAAGGAUAACCUUUUCAUACGAAUUUUUUUAUUUUCCCUCUUUUUAGUAUUUCGAUAUUUUAUUUAUUUCUAUUGGUGGUUUUUUUUUUUUUUUGUAUAUUAUUGAGAGAAGAGACAUUGAUGAUUUUAAUUGCAAUAAUAAAACAAAAAAAAUUUGAUAGAUUGAUUGGCAAUCGAUGAUGAAUGGCCCGUUGCCCCUCUGACCGCUACUAGGCUAAUCUAUUUGGGGCUUUUUUUCCCUUUCCACUUGUGCAUCUUAAUGCAUGCAUUGUCUGUUUCUUAAACGAUAAAAAAUCAGUUCACAAAUUGUAUCGACACUGAGUUUAAGUAGUACACUGUACCAAUUGUGACAAUAUUUAUUUAUUUAUUUAUUUAUUAUCUACUGACAAGGAAGACACAAUAAUAUAUCGGUCAAGGCUACUCUACUAUCAUCAAAAAACAACAUUUUAAACAAUUUUUAAAAGUGGUAUCAAGGUGACCCUCUAUUAGCACAAGAAAGUAUGGCGAGUGACGAUCCGGUUGGUGAUGCACCACUUGUCUCAGUCGAAUUUGAAAUAUUCGGAAAAGUACAAGGCUGUUAUUUUACUAAGUACACGAGGGAUCUUUGUCUGUCACUGGGAAUAUCCGGUUGGGUAAAGAAUGGCAAAAAAGGUACAAUAUUGGGUAAAAUGCAAGGUCCAAAACCAUACGUUGAUCAAAUGGUACACUGGUUGACAACUGUGGGUAGUCCUCAGUGUCAAAUUGAUCAUGCAGAAUUUACAAAUUGGGAAACUAUUCGGAGGAAAGGUUACAAUGGUUUUUCCAUACGUUUUUAAUUCAUAAAAAUUGUUUAUCUUUCAAUUUAAAAUUCAUAAUAAAAUGCAAAACUUAUGUUAGCAUUCAAUUAUAAUUUAUAAGCAAAAAUUGAAAUGAAAAAAAUAAUAAUUUAAGUUGCUUUGUAUUUUAAAAGGACGAAACGAUUUAAACGACACGAAUAUAUAUUCAUAUUAUUAUUUAUUUACUUUGCAUAAUGAUGAUAAUAUUUAAUAAUAAUUAUUUAUUUUAAAUCCUCUGUAAUUACUCCAAAAAAAUAAUAAAAUACUAGAUUAAUUGUAGGAGAUUAACAAAGUGCAUUAAAUGCAAUACUUGAAUGAAUAAUAAAAUACAUAAAACAAUAUCUCUAUGUACAAAAAAAAAUAAAAAAAAAGACAAGAAAAUGUUUAUGAUAAGCAGUUAGUUAUAAUAAAUUGAUAAAAUAAAUUUACGAUAGUUUUGAAAAAAUUGAAAAAAAAAGAAAAUAUUUUUGAUAAAAUUGACAAAUAUUAUUAAUAUCUAUAACAAUAAUUAAUAAAAUUUAUUUAAUAAUAUGAACUUGAAAUGUUUAUGUAAAUAAACUUCAUACGAAAAAUUAUGUUAUCACAGUUACUUUCAUUAAAUUGAAUAUAUAUUAUAUUAUUUUUUUGUUAAUGAA